AUGAAUGAUAUUUCUCAUUUAAUUGAUGAAUUGAAUGAUUAAAUACUAGCAGAUCAAUUUAUUUAUAUAGAUUUGUUAGGAGGAGGUGCUUAUGGUAAAGUUGUUAAGGCUUAAAGUAAAGAGCUAAACAAAAUUGUAGCAAUUAAAGUAAAUGAUUUAGUUUAAAUGGAUAGAUUAUUGAAAGAAAUAAGAAUAAAGCAUAAGAUUAAGAAGCAUCUCUAUUAGAGAAAUGCAAUCACAAAAAUAUUGUGCAUUUUCAUAAAGUUGUAUAUUUUGUAAUGUAUUAGUUGCUUUAUACACAUAAUCAUUUGUAUAUAAUAAUGGAAUACCUAUAAGGAAUUACACUUUAAGAAGUAAUUUAUAAGGAAUUACCUGAGAACAAAAUUAGAAAUCUUAUAAAGCAAAUCUUAGAAGGAUUGAGCUAUCUACAUAAUCAAGGGAUUAUUCAUCGAGAUUUGAAGCCAUGUAAGAAAAAUUUAGGAUUUAAGCAAACAUAUAUUUGGUUCGAGAAAACAAUUAAUCCAUUGUUAAACUGAUUGACCUUGGACUUAGCUAUUAAAUAAGUUCACACAAAAUAGCUAAUAAAUAAUGUGGUACAUUGUUAUACAUGGCACCAGAAUUGGCAUAAGAUGUGCCUUAUAAUUAGACUGUAGACAUAUUUGCACUUGGAAUCAUAUUUUAUUAGUUAUUUCAUAAUGGAUAGCAUCCAUUCUUUGUCUCUGGAAUGAGAAGUUCAGAAUAUUUCAGAAGAUUGGCAAAAUUAGAAUUUAAUUUGCAUUUUAGAGAGAAUAUUCCAUUGAUGGCUAAAGAUUUUAUAUUAAAAACUAUGGCUUUAUAACCUAAUGAUAGAAUGUCUGCUUAUUAAUGUUUGGAUCAUCCAUGGAUUAAAAAUGUUGAUUAAUAAUAAUUUCCAAUCACAACAAAUGAAAUUAUAUCUACAUUUGUUGUGAAAUAGAAAUUCAUAAAAAUUAUCAAAACUUUAAUGGUUUUCAAUAGAUUAUCAUAAUUAUCUAUCAAAAAGGAUCCAAACGAAAAUGAUAGUAAAAGUUAUGCUAAAUCUAAUUUAACAGAAAUCAAUUAAUUAUAUCCAUAUGAAUAAGAAUUUAUUCAUUUAUAAUUGCCUAUGACUUAAAGAGAUAAACCUCCAAUAUAAAAAAAUAAAAUGCUUAAAACUGUCUAAGGUACAUUUAACACUCCAUAGAUGUCUAAAAGAUAAGUUUCAAGAGAAUCUUUAGUAUUGAGUUUCAUUGGUUCUCCAAAAACUCUAACUCCUUAAUCUCAUACUAAAAGGACUCUUAAAACUCCUUCUCCUACUCAAUUUAGAUUGCCAUCAAUCAAAUCACCCAAACAAACUCAGAUUCCUACUAUUGCAAAUAUCAUUAAUAAAUCAAGAUUUUUUUAAUAAUGAUCUUAAUACAAUAUGUGUG